AUAGAUUCAUUAUCAACACUGCAUAACAGCAUGUUGCAGUUAGUUAUCACUUGCUUUGAGAGAUAGACGUGCAACUUGCCUCAACUGAGCUGCUAACAAACUAUGGGUGAUGCUGAUCAAUUGGUGGAAAUCAGUAGUACGCACUGGAUGGAGCUGAAAGACUUAUUCAAGAAUAGUUGGCCGAAGCAUGAGUUCGCUUACUACCUAUUGUGCAACUACGUGAGAUGGACGUCGGCUGAUCCACGGCUAAAGGAGAACAUCAAGAUCUACUCCUUGAACGGAUGCUGGAGAACGGAUGAAACCUUUGCGUUGAAGGAGGGGUUUGAAAUAUAUUUCUACAGCGCAGCAGAAGGUGCCGAUAGUCAGCAUUUGGUAAGAUUACUCUCGCUCAUGGAUUGGGAUGCGUGGCAAGAAAUAAGCAUGGAUUACCUCGAAAGGUUCCAUGCGGUGGUGGAGAAAGUUAUCAAUAUUCGGGGGCUUUCGAUUGUAAGCAGCUGUAUGGCGAACUAUUACUAUUUGGUAAAGAACCAAGCUCUUGAAAUGAACAUACCACCACUGCCUGAGGGAUUCGCUUUUGAAAGUCUGCAUGAAAAACAUUUGAGUUACAUCUACAGCCAAUGGCCACUGAAAGAUAAUAUUAGCUACGAGUCCGGCUAUCGGUUGCUCAAGCGUCUGAUACAAUACAAUGAAAGUGUUGGUUUGUUUGACCGUAGUGGACUGCUGGUGUCAUGGUGUUUGAGCGAUCAAACCGGGGCACAUUCUGAUCUUCAAACGGCCGUAGAGCAUAAACGACGUGGAUAUGGUCGGAUGGUGGUGGUGGAGUUAGCCAAACGUUUGGCACGCCGUGGAUCGGACUCAAAAGCGUAUGUGUUGAGCUCUAAUGAAAAUUCGAUCAAACUUUUUGAAGGCGUAGGAUUCCGGAAAAUUGAAAACCUACGUUGGGUAGUAGUCCAUCCAAGGGAUCCUACAAUGACAGAGAAUCUAAGUGCAAAGGACCUUCCCUAA